UGCAAAAGAUCUAACAGGAGAAAGCUGCAGAAGACAGAAAACAUUUUGGAAACUGCCCUUUGCUGCUUGCUGUUCUUGGGUUACGUAAAUGUGUGACUCAAGAAACUGUACUUCUCUUUUAAGGAGCUAUCUCUUAGUGUGUCCAAAUUACAUGUGAAUUGCAGCUUCUUCUUUUUUUUAUCUUUGCACAGAGAGGUCUGGUGUAAGUAAGACGUCUUUCUGACUUUGGUAAAUGAUUAACUUGUUGAUCCCCAAGCAGAAUAGAGUUUCAGAGACAAAGAUUAAAAAAGCUACAGUCAUUUGUGAAGUGAGCUCAAACGUUCAAAAAUGAAAGUUCCUAUAAAACUCCUCGGCUUUGCCUUUUUGGUUUUAUCCUUUACAUUUGUACAAGCUCAAGAAUGUCUUCAAAAGGACAUUACAUAUGAAAACAUAGAACUGUUGGAGAAAGAUUCCUACAAUAAUGAUGAAAUAGUGAAAGUUAACUGUCAGACAGGCUAUAAUGGCAUGUACAAACUGAAGUGUGUCAAUGGGAAAUGGGAGGAAAUUAUUGCACGACACUGCUCAAGGAAAAAAUGUGGCCACCCAGGGGAUACACCAAAUGGUGAUUUUAAGCUUUUAGAGGGAACCGAGUUUGUUUUUGGAGCAACAGUGGAGUAUACUUGCAAGACAGGGUACGAAAUGGCAAGCAGGGUAAAACUGCGUCACUGCAGAAGCCAAGGGUGGGAUAAUUCUGUCCCCAUCUGUGAGGUGGUGAAGUGCCCAGCUAUCCACACAGAAGGGGAUUUGACUGCAUCAGGCAACAUGGAGGAGGGAAGCUAUGGCGAUGUUAUUCACUUUGAGUGUGUAUCUCCUGACAAAAAGAUAGAUCGAAGUAGUGACAUUCAUUGCAAGGAGAAUGGCGCUUGGAGUGACUCUGUUCCAAAGUGCAUAGAGAUAACAUGCACAGCACCUAACAUACCACACGGGAGGAUUUUGUCAGCAAAAGAGAACCAUGAAGAAUACAAGAAAGAUGAAAUAUUGCAGUACAGAUGUGAAAAAGGAUACAAGUCCAGAGAGGGAAUCCCAAGAUGCACUAAAUAUGGCUGGAGUCUGAACCCAGAGUGUGACGAAGUAACUUGUCAGAUUAAGUCAACCAGUUAUGGAACAGAAAGUAUCGAACCAGAGGGAAAAACAAUUUUCAGAGCUGAAGAAACAGUAAAAAUUACCUGCUCUGAAAGAUACUGGAUAUUUGGCAUAAAAAAAAACACAAAAUCAUUUACAUGCCAAAUUGACGGGCAAUGGGAUGACGAGCCUACUUGUGUGGAUAUUAGAUGUGAAGUUCCACAUGACAGGCGUAUUUCUCAACCAGAAUAUUACUUUAAAGGAGACUUAAAAUUGGAUGCAGAAAUAUAUUACUAUUGUAAUUCUGGAUAUAGUAAAAUGGCACAGAAGGCCAAAUGUACACGAGAAGGCUGGAAACCAGAUCCACUGUGUGCUAAAAUUACGUGUGAAGCACCAAAAAUCUCAAAUGCAGAGAUCGAGGGAGAUCAGAGAGAAAACUAUGAAGUCUCUUCAAGAAUAGUAUAUAAAUGUCACUCUGGAUUUAAACCAGAGCAGCGUAUACAAAUCACCUGUAAUUCCCAGGGCCAAUGGACAGGCAUACAGCACUGCACUGCAACGGAAGUAUCUUGCAUUACUCCAUCCUUGAAAAAUGGGUUCAUAUACAGAGCCUCCAUAAAUGAGAAAGAAAUGUUUUACUCAUGCAAUGCAGGUUAUAAACCAUUCAGUGGGAACUGGUGGGAAUCAGUGACAUGCAAUGAGAGGUCUUGGUCUGAUGAGCCACAGUGUAUCAGGAAGGAAGAAUGUGGCGCUUACCCCAAAGUCAAUCAUGGAAAAAUAAAGCAAACAAAAAAUCAUGAUAGAGAAUCUGCAGAAUUUGAAUGUGAUCCAGGCUUUAAAUCAACACAUAGCUCGAUUAAAUGUGUCGAGGGUAAAUGGGAGACACCAACCUGUGAGGAGGAUGUGCAUUGUGACAUUCCUCCGGAGGUGGAAAAUGCUGUCAUACCCUCUAAACCUCAAGAAUAUUAUCCUGAAGGAUCUUCUGUAACAUACAAAUGUCGAAACUUAUUCACAAUGAGGGGGCCUAGCAGAGUUCUCUGCCACAACGCAACUUGGGGAGAAACACCAAAAUGUGAAGCUUUCUGUUUAAAACCUCUUCAGACAGUAAAUAAUUCAUUUCUGGUAGAUAAAAACCAAGACAAGAGAAAAUAUUCACAUGGAGAUACAGUACGCUUUGAGUGUUUUGAGGGGUUUGAGUCAAGGGAGACAACUGCUAAAUGUGACGUACAAACCUGGAUUUACCCGAAAUGUAUUAAAAAAUCUCAGUGUUCCAAACCAACAAAGUACAUGACGUUUGUGACACUGUUAAAUGAGAAAAAUGUGUACAACAACUUUGAAAAUUUGUCAUACACGUGCAAAAGUCCAUAUGAAAAAAUCCCAGAAGGUACUUGGACGUGUGAAGAUAAAGAAUGGCAUGGAGCAUUUGUCUGCACAAGUGAAAUCUGUCCACCACCAGCUCAUCUUGAACAUGGAGACUAUACUGUAGUUAGAAAGAAUGGUGAAGUAAUUACAGAGGUUUAUUAUACUUGCCAAAGAGACUAUGUGCUAGAUAAACAACAGCAAUAUUAUAAGUGUCAGAAUGGGAGAUGGGAGACCCCGCCAAAGUGUCUGGAGCCCUGUGAAAUUACAUCUGACAGUAUUGAGAAGUACAAUGUACAACCCCCCCAAAAUAAGGUCUAUGUAAAACAUGGUGACAUUUAUAGACUUUCUUGCAAGUCUGGAUGGAUUACUGGAAAUUGGCGGAGAUCUGAACAUCUUUACGUGUCGUGUUCUAAUGGAGAGUUAAAAUCUGACAAAACUUGCAAUACAGAAAAUUAUUUUGUUUGAAAAGAAACUGGAGUGGAAACACUGAGAUACAGAUCCCUCUGAUGUAUCCAGAGCAUGAAGAUGGACACACACACACACGCACACACACACACAUGCUUGCUAAUGCUUCCAUUAACAUGCUAAUCGGCCAACUGCAGUUUAGUAUCCUUUUACAUUAUUUUGUUAUUUUAUUUACACAUACACUGAAAAAAAUGUGAACCUCAAAAUGUGCUUCAUGUUGUAACAUCUAAAUAAACUGGUUUGAAUCAA